AUGCCGCCGUCCCGCUGCCCUGCGCCCGGCCCUCGGUCUCGGCCCAUCCCCAUCUCGUUCGCCACGCCGCCGCGCCGCCCGUCUGACACGACGUCCCGCCGCCCGGCAUUCGCGGAGGAGAAUAUGGAGGCGCAGGCGGAGGCGGCCAUCCCGUGCCCAUGCGUCUGCUACGGGACAGCCUUCCAAUGUGGUGCAGUCUGUGCGUACGCUUCAAUGGAGGACACAGCGGUCGAAGAGCCCGAGGUGAGCGGCGCGGCGGAGUUCGCGCCGGUGCUCGUGGUCGCACACCCACACGGCAACUCCGUCGCCGUCGCCGUCGGGUCCGGGCUCCUGUUCGAUCUCAGUAAAUAUUUACUCUGUUCCUCCACGGCUGCUCCAGUUUCACUCUCAAAUGGUUGUGGCGGUGGUUCUCAUUCAGACACUAUAGGAGCUCUUUGCUUCAGUGUGAGUGGAGCUUUGUUUGCAUCUGCUGGUGAUGACAAACUUGUGAAGGUUUGGAAGACUGACUCCUGGCGUUGCAUCCGGACUAUAACUUUGGAGAAGAGGGUCAGUGCAGUUGCUAUUAGCAACAAUGACCUGUAUGUAACCUGUGGAGAUAAAUUUGGUGUUGUUUGCAAUGUUUGGUUAGUCAUUUUGCGGGAAGAUGGUGCAGAACAGGUUUCAGUUGAUAAUAAACCUGUGUCAAUUCUUGGUCACUAUUGUAGUAUCAUCACUAGCAUGAAGUUUUCGCCAGAUGGACGGUUCAUUGCUACUAGUGGCAGGGACUACAAAAUAUGA